UUUCCUCUUAAGCUACUCUUUCUUCCAACCUAUAAUAUCUCUGUUUUGUUUUUUAUGUUUUGUUGUUUAUUUGGUGCCCUUAACCAGAACCACCCCCUCCUCCCUCUGAAAAUCUUUAUGUGCUGAGUCUGCAACUCUGCAUUAAAGCUUCUCCCAGCCAGCUGUUCGCCACAGUGCACGAGAAUCCCCUGCUUCUCACGGAAAAAAGCGUUCCUACAACUCCGCAUUCCACGCUAUAUAUACAGUCUCUCAUGUCCAUAGCUUAUAGUGGAAUGAUGAUGAUGAUGAAGAAGAUGAAGUUUGUGCCUUUUCUGAUCGUUCUUCUUCAUUCGUGUUUCUUCGCGAAUGGGAUUCUGGACCCGACCGAUUUCUUGGCUCUGCAAUCGAUUCGGACGAGCUUGGCUGAUCUGCCCGGCUCCCAUUACUUUGCUUCCUGGGAUUUCACUUCCGACCCCUGCAACUUCCCCGGAGUUUAUUGCGACGGCCGGAAGGUGGCUGCGUUGAAUCUUGGUGACCCGAGGGCCGGGUCUCCGGGUUUGACGGGUCAUCUUCACCCGGCGAUUGGAAAGUUAUCUGCUCUUGCUGAGUUUACGGUGGUUCCCGGUAGGAUAUACGGGGCAUUGCCGGAAAGUCUCUCGCGGCUGAGCAAUCUCAGGUUUCUCGGUGUCAGCAGGAAUUUUAUCUCCGGGGUGAUUCCGGCGUCUCUGGGUCAGCUCAGGAGACUGCACACGCUCGAUCUCAGCUUCAACCAGUUCACCGGAAGUAUUCCUUCGGGUAUCGGAGCUUUGCCGGCGUUGUCCAAUGUUAUUCUCAAUCACAACCGUCUUUCCGGACCGGUCCCUGUUUUUGUAUCCCGGAGCUUAACCCGGGUCGACCUCAAGCAUAACGCCCUUUCCGGUCCACUCCAGCCAAACUCUUUCCCUCCGUCGGUUCAGUUUCUUUCCCUGUCGUGGAACCGGCUUAGUGGACCGGUUGACCGGGUUUUGACCAGUUUGACCAAGCUGAACUAUCUCGACCUUAGUCUGAACCAGUUUACCGGGGACAUUCCGGGCAUCAUUUUCAGCUUCCCGAUCACCAAUCUCCAACUCCAGAGAAAUAAAUUUUCCGGGAAGGUCUUACCCGUUGGUCAGGUGAGAAUCCCCACCGUUGAUCUCAGCUACAACCAUCUGUACGGUAAACUGUCUCCCCUGUUUUCUACCGUACAGAAUUUGUACCUCAACAAUAACCGGUUCACCGGUGAGGUGCCCGGUAUAUUCGUGGACCGGCUUCUUUCAGCCGGAAUUCAGCUUCUCUAUUUGCAGCAUAACUUCCUGACCGGAAUGGAGAUAAACCCGGCGGCGGAUAUUCCGGUGACGGCAUCUCUGUGUUUGCAGUACAACUGUAUGGUGCCGCCGAUACAGAUGACUUGCCCGUCGAAAGCCGGAAAAGAGAAAUCACGGCCGACAAAUCAGUGCACCGAGUGGCAGGGCAAAACAAGGAAUUGAAAGAACUGCUGAGGGCAAAAGGGGGAUGUCGAAUAUAUAUACUUAUAUAGUAUCGGGCUUUUUUGUUUGAGAAUGCAUUUAUUAAUUUUUGUCAAAAUGUGGUUAUUAGCCCAUUAAAAGUGUGCAAAAAAGGAUGGAAAAUGUGCAUAUCAGCCCAUUAAAGAUAUAUAUAUAUAUACUGUACUUUUUUUUUUUGUCUAAAUAGUUAUGUUUGAUACUACAUGAGCCAAAUGAGAUGCUUGGUUUUUUGUUUGUAAUUAGAAAAUGGGAAAUGGUUUGUCACUUUCAUCACCUAUGAUACCUCACUUUUAUGUGUUUUAGGGAAGAGGG